AUGCUGGAAGAAAUGUUACUAAGUGUGGAAUUACAUCAUCUUUCCUCUAUACACAGAAAAAGUGUGUCUGCUCAGCUGACCAGCACUCGUCUCCGUCGGAACACCUCCGUGGGCACCCCAUUCUGGAUGGCUCCAGAGGUGAUUGCCUGUGAGCAGCAGCUAGAUAGCUCCUAUGAUGCCAGAUGUGAUGCAUGGUCACUUGGUAUUACUGCAAUAGAGUUGGGAGAUGGAGAUCCACCCCUUGCUGAUUUGCACCCUAUGAGGGCACUCUUCAAAAUACCAAGGAAUCCUCCUCCAACGCUGCAGCAGCCUGAACUGUGGUCACCAGAAUUCAAUGACUUCAUUAACAAGUGCUUGACUAAAGAUUAUGAGAAGCGUCCAACAGUAUCUAGUCUUUUGCAGCAUGAUUUUAUUAAGCAAAUUGAGGGAAAAGAAAACGUGCUACAAAGGCAACUCAUGGAAUUUAUUGAUGUUCAUCAACAAAUGGGAGUCACUGAAAAGGCAAGAUUUGAACGUAUUCAUACAAAGAAAGGGAACUACAGUAAGUCACUGGUUUCAAACCAGGAAGAGGUAGAUGAUUUAGCAACCUUGGAGGUACUGGAUGAGAAUACAGUAACAGAGCAGUUGCAGAAGGGUUACGCCAAGGAUCAGAUCUACACAUAUGUUGGGGACAUUCUCAUUGCUGUCAAUCCAUUUCGGAAUAUAGAUAUUUAUUCUUCACAGCAUUCCAAACUGUAUAUUGGAGCCAAACGGACUGCCAACCCUCCUCAUAUUUUUGCUGUUGCUGACAUAGGUUAUCAGUCCAUGGUGACAUACAACUCCGAUCAGUGUAUUGUUAUUUCUGGAGAAAGUGGAGCUGGCAAGACGCAAAGUGCCCAUCUCACUGUCCUGGGCAAGGCUAAUAACAGGACUCUACAAGAGAAGAUCCUCCAGGUGAAUAACCUUGUCGAAGCAUUUGGGAAUGCAGGCACUAUCAUCAAUGAUAACUCAAGCAGAUUUGGAAAAUAUUUGGAAAUGAAAUUCACUUGUGGUGGCACUGUAGUAGGAGCUCAGAUUUCAGAGUAUCUCCUUGAAAAAUCCAGAGUUGUCCACCAGGCAGUAGGAGAGAAAAAUUUCCAUAUUUUUUAUUAUAUUUAUGCUGGUCUGGCGGAAAAGAAAAAACUGGCACAUUAUAAACUGCCAGAAUAUAGACCUCCCAGAUAUCUGCAAAAUGAUCAUUUCAGAAUAGUGCAAGAUUUCAUGAACAACAGCUUUUAUAAGUCUCAGUUUGAAUUAAUUGAACAGUGCUUCAAAGUCAUAGGUUUUACACUGGAGGAACUUGGAAGUGUGUACAGUGUCCUGGCCGCCAUUUUAAAUGUGGGUAACAUUGAAUUUUCUGCAGUAGUAUCUGAACAUAUGAUUGACAAGAGCAACAUUUCCAAUCCAGUAGCCCUUGAGAAUUGUGCGUCCUUGCUGUGUAUUCAGGCAGAUGAACUGCAAGAGGCCCUCACCUCUCACUGUGUAGUGACUCGAGGAGAAACAAUUAUUCGUCCCAACACUGUGGAAAAAGCCACUGAUGUCAGAGAUGCCAUGGCCAAAGCACUGUAUGGACGCCUUUUUAGCUGGAUAGUCAAUCGCAUCAACACUUUACUCAAACCUGACAAACAUUUAAGUGGAAACGAUGAUGGUUUGAAUAUUGGAAUUCUUGAUAUCUUUGGCUUUGAGAAUUUCAAGAAAAAUUCGUUUGAACAACUCUGUAUCAACAUUGCCAAUGAACAAAUUCAGUUUUACUUCAAUCAACAUGUCUUUGCCUGGGAACAGAAUGAAUACCUAUAUGAAGGUGUUGAUGCAAGAGUUAUAGAAUAUGAGGAUAACAGGCCCCUCUUAGAUAUGUUCCUACAGAAACCAAUGGGUUUAUUGUCCCUGCUGGAUGAGGAAAGUCGAUUCCCACAAGCAACAGAUCAGACACUUGUAGAAAAAUUUGAAGAUAAUUUGAAGUCAAAAUAUUUUUGGAGGCCCAAAAGAGUAGAUCUAACCUUUGGGAUUUAUCAUUAUGCAGGAAAGGUUCUAUAUAAUGCAAGUGGAUUUCUAGCCAAAAAUAGAGAUACUCUGCCAGCUGAUAUUGUGCUGCUACUGCGAUCAUCUGAAAACAAUCUGACAAGACAGUUGGUAACCCAUCCUCUUACAAAAACAGGUAACCUGGCACACACUAAAAGCAAAACUACAAUCAGUUACCAAAUGUGGACCCCCCAGAAAUCCAUCAGUCAUACAAAGAAUGAAGCAGGAGAUACCGGACAUCAUCCAAGAGAGACAACCAGCAUGAAAACACAGACAGUCGCUUCUUAUUUUAGAUAUUCUCUGAUGGAUUUGUUAUCCAAAAUGGUCGUCGGCCAGCCUCAUUUUGUCAGGUGCAUCAAGCCAAACAAUGACCGGCAGGCAAACAAGUUUGAUAAAGAAAAAGUGUUGGUUCAGCUACGUUAUACAGGAAUUCUGGAGACAGCAAGAAUUCGAAGACAGGGUUAUUCACACCGUAUACUGUUCGCUAACUUCAUAAAACGGUAUUACCUCAUCUGUUACAAAACAAAUGAUGAUCCUCCAGUCAGCCCAGAAACCUGUGCUGCCAUCUUGGAAAAAGCCCACCUUGACAACUGGGUUCUCGGAAAAACUAAAGUAUUCCUCAAAUACUAUCACGUGGAGCAGCUAAAUUUAAUGCGGAAGGAGACAGUGGACAUGAUUAUUUUGAUUCAAGCUUGUGUCAGAGGGUGGCUGGGUUCAAGGAGAUACAAAAAGAUAAAGGAACAAAGGGAACGAAGUGCUAUUAAAAUACAGUCAGUUGCCAGAGGAUACUUACUCAGGAAGAAGAGAAAAGAACUAACUGAGACAAGAAACAAAGCAGCAAUAACAAUUCAGUCUCACUACAAGGGAUAUAAGGAGAGGAAGAUCUUCAAAAGGAAGAGGGAAUCAUUUAGAAAGAAACAAACUGAAAAUGCAGCAUCCAUUAGCAAAAAUGAAAAGGAUGAAGAACUCCAAGAUAAUGAGGAAAGUCCAGCUGGAGUGAAGAGUCCCCUUCCUAAAACAGAAGAAGCAGCUGUCAUUGUUCAGAGCCAUUACAGAGGCUACAGAGUCCGCAAAAAAAUAAAGGACCAGUGCAAAAAAAUAGCAGAGGAAGAAUUAUCUGCUGUGGAAUUCCUUGAAGCACAACUGCAGCCAGCUCAAAACAAUACACUGGAAGAAGCAGCAUACAAGGAGACUCAAGACAAAGCUGAUGCUGUUACUGACAGCGAGUGCUCUGGGUACAGUGACACAGGCAAUGUACAGGAGCAACAGAAAACAUCUACUGAAGGAAAGGGAGCUUCUGUGAAGCAGAACCCUGCAGUAGAACAUGUUGGCGAAGGUGAAGAACAGGCCUCUUUGGAAGAGCUGUCCAGCAAAUCUUCUGUCAAAAUCACGGCUGAACCUGGUCCCCAAGAAAAGCAAGAUAAUCAAGACACACUCAGUGCAGAUGGGCAAAAUCAAGAACCUGCUGUGGUCCAGCCCAGGACUGACAGGGAUGUGGAAAGAAACCACCUGAAACAUGAAGCAGUGAUGCCUACAGGUUGUAAAGGAAUUGUAAGAAAAGAGUCACUAAGAGGCUCACGGAAGCAAGUUGAGGCAGAAAAACAAGGUUCAGAAGACAAAGAGAAGGCAGCAGUGGUUAUUCAGAGCAGUUACCGGGGUUACAGAAGGAGGGGACAACUCAGAAAAGAAGGGAAACUACCUUGCAAAAGUCAAGAGAAAACUAUAAAGGAGCCAACAGAAGCAGUACACAUUCAAAAUAAUGAUCCCGAAACAACAAAAGAUAGGGAAAGCACCGGGAGACUCAGGGAAAGUUUUGCUUGUGAUUUGGCAGCCUUUUCGCGGCAGAUAUCAAAAUUAUCUGAAGACUACUUAGCAUUGCAGCAAAAAUUGAAUGAAAUGAUAUUGUCACAUCAGCUGAGACCCGUGAUGCUGUCCAAAGAUAAGCAAACUAAUGGCCGACUUUCUUCUCAUGUUUGUCAGUCAGUUGCGGCCAAAGUAGAAGACUCUCGCCCAAUGCAGAGACCCCCAAGGAGGCCACGGAAACCCAAGACAUUAAAUAAUCCAGAAGACUCCACCUACUACACUCUAAUACAUAAAUCAAUACAAGAUGAAAAACGGAAACCAAGAAAAGAAAGUCUGAGCAAAGUGCUAGAUUUAGAUAUCUACUACCAAGAAAUUUCAUCUACUGAUUCCACCUCAAAGGACAGCAGUUCUACCACAAGAAAGAAGAGACACCCAGUGGAGCGCAGGACUUCAAUUUUAAGAGCUACUGAGCGGUCGAGGGUUGCAGAAAGCCCCCUGGAAGAGAGUAAAACCGAAGAUAAUCCCUAUGACUACAGACGACUGCUGCGGAAGACCUCACAGCGCCGGCGCCUUAUCCAGCAGUUCUAG